CCACAAACACUAUGCCCGCCUCCCGCCGCCCUGCGAUGUCGGCCGCGGCCGUCGCGCCGAGCCCACCGCCGCUCCUCCCGUCGGCACCCCCGCCGUCCUACCCCGCGGCGCCCCCCGCCCCCUCCGCCGAGGACGACGACGACCUCUACGGCCGCCUCAAGUCCCUCCAGCGCCACAUGGAGUUCGUCGAGAUCCAGGAGGAGUACGUCAAGGACGAGCAGAAGAACCUGAAGCGCGAGCUGCUGCGCGCGCAGGAGGAGGUCAAGCGGAUCCAGUCGGUGCCGCUCGUCAUCGGCCAGUUCAUGGAGAUGGUCGACGGCAACAACGGCAUCGUCGGCUCCACCACCGGCAGCAACUACUACGUGCGCAUCCUCAGCACCAUCAACCGCGAGCUGCUCAAGCCCUCCGCCUCCGUCGCCCUGCACCGCCACUCCAACGCGCUCGUCGACAUCCUGCCCCCCGAGGCCGACUCCAGCAUCUCCCUCCUCGCCUCGUCCGAGAAGCCCAACGUCCUCUAUUCGGACAUUGGAGGAUGUGAUAUCCAAAAACAAGAAAUUCGGGAGGCAGUUGAGCUACCAUUGACACACCACGAAUUGUACAAGCAGAUUGGUAUUGAUCCACCAAGAGGGGUGCUGCUCUAUGGUCCUCCAGGCACUGGCAAGACCAUGCUUGCUAAAGCUGUGGCACAUCACACUACUGCUGCUUUUAUCAGAGUGGUUGGUUCAGAGUUUGUGCAGAAGUACUUGGGUGAGGGCCCAAGGAUGGUUCGAGAUGUAUUCCGCUUAGCUAAAGAGAAUGCCCCGGCUAUAAUAUUCAUUGAUGAGGUUGAUGCUAUAGCCACUGCUCGAUUCGAUGCUCAGACCGGGGCUGACCGAGAAGUUCAGCGUAUUCUGAUGGAGCUACUGAAUCAGAUGGAUGGAUUUGAUCAAACAGUGAAUGUGAAGGUUAUAAUGGCAACCAAUCGGGCAGAUACUCUAGAUCCUGCUCUGUUGCGUCCAGGAAGACUGGACAGGAAAAUCGAGUUCCCCCUGCCGGACCGGAGGCAGAAGAGGCUUGUUUUCCAAGUAAGUUUCUUUGUAAAUACUUUACAUGGUAUGCUUUUCAAAAUAUUACCGAUAGUUGUUUGGAAAGUCUUCUCUAUAUUACAGUGUAGUAGAUUGUAUUGAUGGUCUUGUAUUCAU